AUGUCUCAGUCCGGGUCAGGAGGGGUAGACGGUAAUCAGGAGCAGAAUCAAGUCGGUCAAACGAUGGAGAACCAACAGACGACGUGUCAAAACGGUCGAGCCGAACCGCCGGCCGAUAAUGCUAAACAAGAUUUGUCGAAUGGCUUUGAGAAUCGGACGAUCGAGUACGAGAGAUUCUCACAGGACAGAUCGCAACAGAAUCCGGCAGCCGGUCAGAACCAGGAACAGCAACAACAACAGGCACAGCAGACAGGUCAAUAUCCGACUGGAAGGAAGCAAUCCGUGGCCGGAGUGCCCGAAGAUAGACAUCCCCCGACUGGACAACUUCCGCCUCAGCAGUACGCUCAAGAAAAAGCUGCUCUCGAGAGGACGCAACACGUCUCGCAAACGAGCACUCAAACUUUACCUGUGCAAGCGCAACCACAGUUCGUGCCCGAUUACGAUCAGACCCAGUACACGCAGAUACGAAGUCAGUUUGAGGUUAGACCGCAGAUGUAUCCUCAACAGACGCCGUACGCCGAGAGGGCUGGUUACGUGACCAGAGACGUCACGUACAGAGACCCAGCGUUGUAUCAAGGAGGAACAGCGAAUCCCGUGUUCGCUGGUCAAGGCCAGUACGUAACAGUGCAACAUGGAACGCAGAUACCAUCUCAGUCGGCCAGUCCACAACCGCCUUAUUUCUCAGGGGUAGUGGUACCUCAAGGAUCCGGGUACGUCCAGUUCAGCGCGCAACCCCAGUAUUCCUACAGCCAGUACCCUCAAACAGUGAUGAACGCAGUUCCCUACAACCCUCACGCGGGGAUCUACCAAGCUCAACAGUUCGGUCAGCAAUCGCCUAAUCCGCAGAGAUUCUCCCAGGAACUGGGCCAGUACCAAACUCAGCCGAUCAUUCAGCCGAUCGCUCAGAACGUGGGUCACGGAAUCGCGAUGGCGACUACCGAACGACCGAGCCGAGGGCCGAAACCAAUGGUACCGCCUCGUGGCAACUCGAAAAUCACCCACGACACGGGUCACCGAAAAUCGGCGAGCGUGGACGUGCCUGGCAUGCAGAAGCCCAAGUACGAUCCUAAUCAGAACCUACCGCAGGAACAGAUUCAUCGUAGCGACGGGGCAAUCAUCGUGCAAGGGACGCAGAUUGUCUCCGAUGGCCAGGAUCGCAGAUACCUGACGGCCAUUAAUCAAAAUCCCAGAACCAGACAGGACGGUUUAUACGUGGACACGAACGGCGAUCCAGUCGGACGAGAGAAGAUGUGCGAGGCGGUUGCCGCCGACUGCGGCCUCUAUGUGUCCAGGCCUGAGCACAGAAAGUCUAUAUCCGUGGACGUAACGUCGAGCUUUCCACGACGAAACGACACCAUUACCUUCACGUUUCCCGGCGAUACCGGUCAAGAGAUAUUGGUGCCAGUGAGAAAGGCCGGGGCUAUGGUGGAUCCGAAACGAGUGGAAGCCAAUCAAGUGUACCCGCCUGAUCAAAGGCGGUUGGAUACGAGCCUGAGAGUAUCGCCGAUGGCUUUCGAUACGAGACAGGAAAAUAGGAAGAGUAUGGGGACUGAUAGAAAGGCCGAAUGGGGUAACGUGAGCCCUAAUCAAAGAGUCGCGAUGCCGCAAGAAAACAGACGAUCCGAUUACUUCGAGGAGCACAGGAGAUCACCGAUGACCAUAGAGGGAAAAAGAAUGGAGGACGUUAGAAGAUCGCCGAUGCCGUUCAUGCCGAUCAGAGAAGGUUCCGUGGAUCGCGCCGGACAAAAGAGUCCGUCGUUUGUGAAUCAAAAUUUCGAGAAGACCAGACAGGAACUGGCCAUGUGGGCCGAGCAGAAGCAGCGUCAGGAACACGAGAGAAACAUGAUGCAGAGUCAGUUGCUCUCGACCAGUCCACGUUCCCGCAAUCAUUCGGAGGAGAGAAGAGAUCCAAGACCCAUGCACCAGCAAGAGGAACGUAAGGAAACUAGAAUGACCCAAUCGGCCUUCCAACCGAUGCCUAAUAUCAGUCAGAGCACCAUAAUGGAACAGAGGCGUCACUUGAGACACGUCAGUGCCGAUUUAACUAAACACAUGGAGUUGUCCAGAAAAGAGUUCGACGAUCAACCUAUCAGCGGAUCUGUGGCCAAUCUUGGUCCACCAGUUAGCACUGUUCCGUCGCAGAGAGCCAGUCCUAACAUAUGUCACCAAUACCCAGCUCUCAGCGAGGCAAAGUUAGACACAAAAACUGUUCUAACAGUGGUGACGGAUUUCGGUGAAUCGAGCUUGAACAAACCUAUCGAUCAAGUGGAUCAUAUAAUUCAUAGCCAUCGCAAGAGCCACAACGUAUCGAACAAUUUACUGACCCACAGCAAGAGUCAAACGGAUAAUCUUCAGGGUCAGCUCGAGGCACAAAACGAGAAAUCUGACGUGCAUCAAAUACAACAGCAACAACAAAUGCAGAAUCAACAAAGCCUGGAUUUGAUUUCGGAGAAGCUUAGUCAAUUCGAACGUCAACAGAGUGAUCUUCAAGCGAAGCUACACUGUCUCCAUAAUCAAAAUCAGAUCCUCGAUAAGGUAGCCCAGUUUCAACAUCAACAGAGCGACUUGCAGGCCCGGCUGCAGAGCCUGCAAACGCAGAAUCAAUUGUGCGAUAAACUGCAAAGAUCCACGGAUUUCCAGCAACAUUCAGUCGGCAACGAGAUCCAUCAGAUACAAUCGAAUUCCCUGUCGAACCACCAGGAACAACCGUGCGAUAAGACUUGCCCGUCGUCGCAAAGCCAGCACGCGUCCCAUGGACAUCAUCAAACGUUAUUGACCGCCGCCUAUGCACAGAACUCUAAUCAUCAAUCCUGCCAAUCGUCUGUCUGUGAGAAGCUAUCGCCUAGGCUUCAACACGACACCAGCGAGCCGAAUUCUAUUCAGAUACCGAACAUGUCACAGAUGCCAUUGCCGUGUCUCCCGCAAUUCGAACGUACAGACGCGUCGCGUGCCUCGUUCUCGCAGUUUCAUCGACUUCAGUGUCAGAUCGAAGGACACGAGGCCGUUCCCGCGACUUCUUUCACCGGAACCCUGAAGAAAGUUCCUCCGGAAAAACCGCCGAGAACUUCGUUGAUCGUACAGUCGCCCGAAUCGGAGAGCAACAGAAGCCAGCCAGCUAUCGGACUGAAGCAGACGCCGAAGGCAAGGCCAACCAUUUUCGGCACUGUGGCCUCGGACCUCAAUCCAAAGGAUGGCAACAGUCGAAGGGGUUUGCCACAAACACCAGCUGGCGGAGUCGGUGGAAAAGGAAGCGGAAGUGCUGGCGCCGGUUCUGGUAUGGUCAAUGGUUCUGGUGCCGAUCAUCAGGAUAUUCGUGACGGUGCUGCUAUAAACCCAGAACACGCACUGGUGUAUCGAGACGGGAACCUGGUCUCGGGCUCGUUGGAAGCCUUGGUGCAACACAUGGUACCAACCGAGGAAUAUUAUCCCGAUCGGGCAUACCUGUUCGCCUUUUUGCUGAGUGCCAGACUCUUCAUCAAGCCGCACGAGCUUCUAGGCGAGGUCUGCGCCCUCUGCGAGCAUCAGCAAAACCUGAAUGGAGAGGGUGGCAAGGAACGUCUGCAGCGUUUUGUGCCACGACUGGUGCAGCUGUUAGCCGAAUGGACAGAAACAUUCCCGUACGACUUCCGGGAUGAGAGGGUGAUGGGUCACGUCAGGUCCAUCACGCAGAAGGUCGCUGCGGUCGACGCUGCGGCCAGGCAGGAAGUUUCGGCAUUGCUGCAAAACUUGCUGCUUAGACUGACGGCGCUGGAGAGGUAUGAGGAGGGCCUUGCCAGACUUGCUACCGAAGCUGCGACAGAACAGCUUACACAGGUGGACAUCACCGAGCUCUGUCCCUCGGCCACGGUUCUGGCACAGCAAUUGACCCACGUGGAACUCGAGAGGCUCUCUUACAUCGGCCCUGAAGAAUUCGUCCAAGCAUUCGCCAAGGAAUCUCCACACCUAGAAACAUCCUUUAAGGACAUGAAGAAAACGCGCAAUCUCGAAUCGUACGUCCAAUGGUUUAAUAGACUGAGCUAUUUCGUAGCAACCGAAGUGUGCAAGCAUGCAAAAAAGAAGCAACGCGUUCGUGUGGUUGAAUACUGGAUCGAAACAGCCAGAGAAUGCUUCAACAUUGGUAAUUUCAAUUCUUUGAUGGCAAUCAUUGCUGGCCUGAACAUGUCCCCUAUAUCUCGUCUGAAGAAAACGUGGUCAAAAGUGCAACUAGCGAAAUUCUCGAUUCUGGAGCACCAAAUGGAUCCAAGUAGCAAUUUUAGCAGCUAUCGCAGUACCUUAAAAGCAGCAAUGUGGCGUAGCGCCGGCGCUACGGACGAACGACAGAGAAUCGUCGUACCCUUUUUCAGCUUGCUGGUCAAGGAUCUCUAUUUUCUGAACGAGGGAUGUAGCAACAAAUUACCAAAUGGACACAUCAAUUUUGAGAAAUUCUGGCAGCUAGCAAAGCAAGUGACAGAAUUCAUCGCCUGGAAACAAGUUGCCUGUCCCUUUGAGAAGAAUCCACGUGUCAUUGCUUUUCUUCAGGCGAGCCCGGUGCUGACCGAAAAUGCUCUAGCUUUAGCAUCCUUUGAGUGCGAACCACCAGACAACAAUCCAGAAAAAGAACGUUAUAAAGCAUUAAAGUAA